AUGUCUCGUUCUCUGCGCUCCGCUGGAUACCAACCGCUACAGACUCAUGAAGAUGAAAAUAGCGACAAUAACGAACCGCUUCCUCCAAUCAGUCACCCAGGUCCUUCUAACACGUACCCGCAGCGCCGGACAGUGCGCCCAGGAAGUAUUGACCUCACCAAAUUAGACAACGCUUUUAAGAGAUGGACGGAAUCCAUUGCCCAGAAGGUCAAGCGCAAGAAGAAGACAACUGACCACUCGAGGAAGCAAAUAUGGCAUAGCGUUUUCGAUCCGCAGGUCCCCCCUGUACCAAAUUCAGGAUUCGAGAAGACUCUUGAUCAUAACCAACCUAUGACUCAGGCAGACUUUGACGCAUUGGUGCAUUCUGUCAAAGAAGCAAUUCAGGAGGGAAUUCACCCCAAAAUGAUUACAAAGGGGUCAUCGGGUUCAUAUUUUGCUAGAGCGAAGGUUGACGGAAGGGUGCAAACCGUUGCUGUAUUUAAACCCAAAGACGAAGAACCGUAUGGUCGUCUAAAUCCAAAGACAACCAAAUGGUUGCACCGGCAGUUUAGAUGGAUUAUACCUUUUGGUCGUGCCUGUCUUAUACCCAACCUGAGUUAUAUCUCAGAAGCUGCAGCCUCACUGCUAGACGACAGGCUGCAACUUCAUAUUGUACCACCAACCCAGCUCGUAUCCUUUUCCAGCCCCGCGUUUUUCUACGAUUGGUUUGACCGCAAUGCUGCCAAGAAGGGGAAACAACUGCCCGAAAAAAUAGGUAGUCUCCAAUAUUUCCUUCAUGGUUUUCAGGAUGCUUCCGACUUUCUGCGCAAGUAUCCUUGGCCGGGGAGGGCCAUUGCUGACACCUUCGACGAUUCUACUCACCGACAAGGGAAUAUGUCAAAACGUUUCAUGAGCGCCAUGAAAGUGAUAUGCGGCAAAACUGGAGAUACAGAGGAUAUCUAUGAUGACGCUGACUAUGAGGAUGAACGCGUUCUAUAUGACGCGACUGAGGCUGCAGAUGUCCAGAGACCAUUUUAUUGGAGUCAACAGCUCCAACAAAGUUUCAGGGAAGAACUUGAAAAGCCAGUCAUGUUAGAUCAGAAAUUUCGCAUCAACACUUAUGGUUUUGCAACAGAUUACCUUAUGCUCAAUACGGAUCGAGGCGCAGACAACUAUAUGAUCAAAUAUUGUGAAGGUGAUCAUGAGAAGCCCCUUGUGGAUGUGGCGCCUUCAAGGUCUGUCCGGUUAGAAAUGCCAGUCAUGAGUGAACUUCGAAGACCAGAUGCCAAUUCCAACUCCCCUCGCAUGACUGCAACAUCAUCUUAUCAACCUAAUCUGUCACCUGUUCCAUCUGGUUCAAACACACCGAGCUCUGACUACAGGCGAAAGCCUCACAUUCACAUUGCCGCCAUCGAUAAUUCACUUUCCUUCCCUCACGAGCAUCCUCAAGGAUGGCGUUCAUACACUUAUGGGUGGCUGUACCUUCCAGUCAGCGUCAUUGGCCGCCCGUUCAGCGAGAAAACUCGCAGUCAUUUUUUACCUUUGCUGACAUCCAAAACUUGGUGGGAAGAAACUACGUUCCAAUUGGAAAGGUUAUUUGCUGUAGAUCCCGAUUUCCAUCCAAAGAUGUUUGCGAGACAACUGGCUGUUAUCAAAGGCCAAGCUUGGAAUAUUGUCCAAUCUUUGAAACACAAGGAUGAAGGACCACUGGAGCUGACCCGAAGAACUAAAGUUCUUGUCUGGAACGACGAAAUGGAAAUACCUGAAGAAACUAUCCACGAUAUGCCUAACGGACCUAUAUCUCCAAGACUUUCCACAAGUAUAGCUCCUGUUCCCAGACGAACACGAAGCCAGAGUUCAGGAGGCGACUUCCCACCUCCAAUGAGGCGAACCUCGACUGAUGCUUCAGGUGCUCCUCGUCCCGUUCCGUUUGCCGCCAAAUUUCAGCGGGUGCACCCAGGUACAACCGGUGUUACUGUCCUUGAGCAUCUAGAAAGACUAGAUGCUGUAGAAGCAAGUCUACAGCGACUUGGCGUGGAUGAGGAUGAAGAGGUGGACGUCGGAGAAGCCGCCCCUCAAAAACCAGUGGCCACACAUUCUAUGACGGAUCCCCCAACCCCUGUUCAUGGGCGCAUAAUAUCACCACCACCCACAAGUCCUUUACAAAGUGUGCCAGAGGCGUCGUCCGCCAGGAGUUCGAUUGAUGAGGAAGAUUUGGUGGCUCUCUCAAAGUCUACCUCUCAUGUAGAAGGAUCGUACCCUUUUGGUCAGCAGGAAACAUUGUCCAGUGCAGGAAUGGAGUGGAUGCAAUCAACUGAUUCACCAGCGAAACGAGUGGUUAUAUCUGAGCGUCUAGAGACUGUCAAGAGCAAGCCAUUAUGCUCAUGUUGGUAA